GGUAGUUGAAGUUUUUCUCCUCAAACAUCUAUCUCUCAGGCUAUUUGUGAUGCGUCUCUUGAUCUCCUCUCUAACGCGUGAAGAACUUCGGUCACAUGAGAUAAAAAAUCUCUCACACUUUUAGGGAAGUUUUGAAUUGGAGAAUGACGACAGACAGUGAAUCAACAUUUAGGACUUAUCAGGCAGCCUUGGAGGAGGAUUGGAAUUACUUGAAGACAUACUUCAAGGAAAGGUCUUAUGCUUUGCCAGUUCCUCUAACGGCUGCCAAGGACACUGUAUUUCACUUGGCAGUUUUUAGCUGUAGCAAAGAGCCGCUUGACAUUUUACUUAAUAUUGCCGAAAAUGACCGUAUGACAAUGUCUGCAGUUUGGAACAAGAACGAGUACGGAGACACACCUCUUCAUGUGGCUGCUGCCAAUGGGAACCUUGAGGCUGUAAAGCUCUUGGUGGAAUACGAUAAAGACCUCUCUCAUGAUAUUAAUGACGAAGGCGAAACCCCGCUGUUUAAAGCUGCUGCAUAUGGGAGAACAAAAGUGGUGAAGUAUUUAGCUUCAGAGUCACUUGAUCAACAAAGCAUAGAAACAGGAACUCACAUUAUAGAAUCGGGAGGAAGGAAAAUAGUAAACUAUACAAAGCUGAAAGAUAUUCACCGCCAAAAAAUAACUGGAGAAGUGAAGGGAGCCUCGAUUUUGCACGCUGCCAUCCUAGGAGAGAAUUUUGAAACGGCUCUACUGUUACUGAGACUGGACAAAUGCUUAGCAACAUUGGAGGACGAAAAGUGUUGGACCAGUCUUAACCUGCUAGCCACUUUGUCCUCUGCUUUCAAAAGUGGAUACCAAAUGGGCACAUGGAUCAGCAGAGUCUUCUACUUCUGUCUUCCGAUCGAUGAUAGUAUAGAUGAUGAAAUGGAGAGUUGUUGUAAUCUCUUCAAUGAGUGGUGGAAACUGGGAAAAAUCUGUUCUCCAGCGAGAGAAAUCUGCGAAGCAAAGAGAAAGCAUAAACUUGCUUCUAGACUUGCAAGGAGCCUGAUAAGAGAAGAUUCGUGGCUUGAAAAAGUCAAACAAAAAAUGUCAUCACCUGAUGUUGAUGAACCAAUUGAAGAAAAUUCUCAGCCAAGCUCUUUAUUUUUUGCAACUGAAAGAGGAAUAAUAAAGAUUGUUGAAGAGAUGCUUACAUUGUGUCCACAAUUAGUUGAGUUUAAGAAUCAUCAAAAGCAGAACAUAUUGCAUGUAGCCAUUCAGCACCGUCAGAAGGAGAUAUACGAUCUCGUGAAAACGAUGAAGAUACCAAUGACAAGGUUAGUCCGAGGGAUUGACAAAAAUGGCUACACCAUUUUACACCACGCUGCAAACAUGAAGGAUGACGAUAAAGAAACUCACCCUGCAGGACCUGUCUACCAACUGCAAGAAGAGCUAAAGUGGUACAAACGUGUAGAGAAGAUGACGCCCUCCCACUACCGCAUGUUUCCAGAGUCGGAGUUUAAUAAGAAUUGCAAAGAACUCUUCAUUAUCAAGCAUAGUGGACUACUGAAGGAUGCACAGAAAUGGAUAAAAGAGACUUCUCAGUCUUGCUCUGCAGUGUCUGUUCUUGUUGCCACCGUCGUCUUCGCAGCUGCCUACACCGUACCUGGAGGUUCCAAUGAGAAAGGGUAUCCAGUUUUCCUCAACAAUAGGUUCUUCUUAAUUUUCACAGUCAUGGACGUGGUUGCUUUAGCCUGCUCCUUGACCUCGGUGGUAAUGUUCUUGUCCGUCCUCACAUCACCUUUCCAUUACGAGGAUUUCCGUGUCACGCUCCCUCGAAAACUGACAAUAGGUUUCUCCUUACUCUUCAUUGCGUUGACUACAACAAUGCUUGCAUUUGCGGCAACAUUAUUGCUCAUUGUUCAUUUCCAAAAGCCACGGUGGACCACCACUCUCAUUUACACUGCUGCAUUUUUCCCGGUCAGCAUAUUUGCACUCACGCAAUUCCCUAUGUAUGUUGCAUUAAACAUAACCUGGCUCAAGUUUUACAAGUGUAUUAAGAAGGUUCUUCCUCGUGAAUGGUUUAAGAAGAAGCUUCCGAGGAAUGAUGUGUUGUCCAAGAAGAAUGAUGAUCAUAGGCCUAGACCCCCAGUAUGAGACAUUUAUAUAUAUAUAUGAAGAAAUGGUAAAGGAGGCAGCUGUGUCACCAAUGCAAGAGACUUGUAUUGGAAUUAAAUAAAAGGCUUGUAUAUUUAUUAAUUUCCGACUGAAUAUUUAUUAAUGGUUUGUGUCUUGUUGAUUCUAAAGUGUUGUAGCAUGCUUGAUGUUGCUAAAUAACUUGAUGAAAUGAGU